AUGCUGGCGCUGUUCUACAAGAGAGACGAGCUGGCACUGAGAACAUCAAUAUUCUACUUCGGUAACUAUUCAGCCGCCGCGACUGGUUCCUUGAUCGCCGCAGGAAUUUUGCAAAUGGGCGGCAAGGGAGGGCUCGCCGGAUGGCAGUGGCUCUUUGUCAUCGAGGGCACAUUUACCCUCCUCAUCUUCUUCAGCUACGUCCUCCUCCUCCCCCGCAGCCCAAAGCACACGCGCCCGAUCCAUGGCCGCUUCGACCUCUUCACCAACCGCGAGCGCACCAUCCUUAGCACCCGCAUCAUUCUCGGCGACGAGUCCAAGGGCGCGGACAAGGCCGAAAUCACCCUGAAGAGCCUCCGCGAAGCCUUCGUCGACCUGCGUCUCUGGCUGCACACGUUUCUCAACAUCCUCAGUCUCACCCCCAAGGGCGGCCUCGCCAUCUACGGUCCCACGAUCAUCAAGAGCCUCGGCUUCUCCAAGACCAACGCCAACCUGCUCAACGCCGUCGGCAACGUGCUCGUCAUCAUCCUGUCGUACACGCUGUCUGUCGCGUCAGACAAGACACGGCUGCGCGGGCCUUGGUGCAUCGUGGCUUUCGUCUGGUCCAUUGCCUUCUCCGGCGCGCUGUGCGGGCUGCCUGUCGGGACGAACAGGUGGGUGCAGUAUGCGCUCUUCACGCUGCUCACUGGGGGCAAUGCACUUUCGCAGGCGAUCAACGAUGCUUGGUUGAACAUCAACUCGACCAAGCCCAGCAAUCGCAGCGUUGGACUGGCGAUGGCGGUGAUGGGGAGCAAUCUCGGAGGCCUCGCCGGGCAGCAGCUUUUCCAAGAGUCCGACGCUCCGAGGUAUCCCAAGGCUUUUCUCGCGAUUCUUUUGCUGUACGGAGCUUCGAUCCCCAACACUUUGGCGUUGAUGUACACAUACUGGAGGGCCAACCGCAAGACCCAGACCAGCUCAGAUGAGAACAAUGGCGUUGUAGGCGAGAAGCGCUUUGAUCUAUAA